CUGUCCAAAAUGGCGAACGAAGUUGCUCACGCUCCCAAUAAAACCUGGGAAUUGAGCUUAUAUGAACUGCAUAGGACGCCGCAGGAGGCAAUUACCGACAACACAGAAAUCGCCGUCUCCCCGAGAAGCUUACACAGCGAGCUAAUGUGUCCAAUAUGUCUGGAUAUGUUGAAAACGACGAUGACAACCAAAGAGUGUUUACAUCGUUUCUGCCAAGACUGCAUCAUAACAGCUUUAAGAAGUGGAAAUAAAGAAUGCCCAACGUGUCGUAAGAAGCUUGUUUCUAAACGUUCUCUACGUCCAGAUCCCAAUUUUGAUGCACUGAUUUCCAAAAUCUACCCAAGCAGGGAUGAAUAUGAGGCCCAUCAAGAGCGAGUGUUGGCCAAGUUGAAUAAGACCCACAGUACAGCAGCCUUGACGAGCAGCAUCGAGGAAGGAUUACGUCAACAAGCAAUGAAUAGGGCCCAGAGAGUCCGAAAACAUGCAUCUGAGGGAGACUUGAGUCGACAGUUAGAUGGGGCAAGUACACCGACAUGUGGAACAACAUCAAACGAAACAACACCGAGGAAGAAAGUGAAGACCUAUUCCGAUGAGUCAAGUUGUGAAAAUUCAUUAAGUGAACCCCCACUUGGAAUUGGUUUGGGAAAUCUAGGCAUAGACACUGCAGAGACAGGGAGUAUUGGCAGUGUGUCAGAACAGGGCCAACCCAGCCCCGAUAUGAUCGUGCCGGAACCCAGUGUUAGCGAUAUCGAACUUGUGUUUAAACCACAUCCUCAAGAUGUUGAUGGCGAUAUGGAUAUUGCUGAGCACACCAGAUACAUCAAAACUACUGCCAAUGCCACUGUUGAUCAUUUGUCCAAGUAUCUUGCUAUCCGUCUGUCUCUAGAAGCUCAGAAUGCAGAAAACGGCCCUGCAGAAGAAAAGCAGUACGCCAUCUACAUCGCAAUAUCUCCCGGAAACUUCGCUGUCCUCAGCGGCUGUAUGACACUGGAGCAGGUCAAUGAAAAAUACUGGCGUGUUAAUCGGCCCUUGGAGAUGUUUUAUCUGCAGCAGAGAAAAGGGGCUGAAAAUUCCAUGAAGAAGAACGGAGAGAAAUGAAAGACAUUCUUUUCGUCAUGUUGAGUGAAUUUAAAGAGCAUUAUCAUUUUCAUCACUAUUCACGCUAUCUAAUGAUGAAGUGUACCAUAAGUUUGUAAUCAUCACAUGCUAUUGGCCAACUUGCAGAGCCACUUUAGAUGCGUAUUUGUUCAUAUAAUUCUUUCUCGGCUUAUCAGAUCAGGCAGUCAAUUAUCAAAAUAGCCACACAACUAAGAAUCAAUAUCGGGCUUCAGCUUCAUAUUGUAUUGCAAGCAGUUAUGUGAUUUCAAGCUGUUUUGGAAUAGAAAAUGAUUAAAUCUUCCCGUUUUCAAUAUUGCUGGAGUUAUCGAUUGAAUAAAUGGUCAAUUGAUCGAUCUUGCUUAAGUCACCCAUUACUGAUCUGCAUAUUGUGUGGGAUAACCAGCACUAACUUUUAAGGAUAUGGUUUAGUGGAAAAGUUGGUCAACAUUGGUCACAUUUAGAAUGGAAUUCCUGAAUAGUUUGUCUGGACAUUAUUUCAACUCCGUGCCAGCAAGGCACCUUGGUCUAGCUGUAUGAAAUAAUCUUGAAGCUGUGGAAAAUGUUUUCUAUUCAUUGAACUAAGUACAGAGACCCCAUUUGUCCUGUGACCCUCCUUUUCUGGAGAUUCUGCCCCAAGGUGAGCACUUACUGGAAUAUGUUUCAGUGGAAAUGGUGCCAUACUUUAAUAUUUGAUAAAGUGCUAAUAGGCUAUUAUAAAUGAGAAGCUGACCAGAAUAUAUGAUGACAGUUAGAUUCACCAAAACUUGUCUUUGAAUAAGUGCUUAUCACCUUUCUGAUGUCAGUAUUAUAUUUUGGAAAUAAUGUUUGGAACAUAGAACAGGUGAAAGGUAAAACUGAAGAAUGGCUGGCAGGUCUGGAUAUCUUGUGAUGAUUACGAUGACUUGUCCUCUCCAUGACCUGAUCUGAUUAGUCUUCGAGCUAUGUACAUAUGACUGUAUUUCAUGCUUUAAUAUGUAUUUUUAUCAUUCCUGUAAUUGUCUCAUUUAAUGAAUAUGGAAGUUUAAUUUUUGUUCUCUGACUUUAAGUUUGCUUAAAAAAUGUUUUUCAAGAAUUCAUUUUAGAUGGAUGAGUUAUGCCCCUUGGAUCAUGGAUUCUAUAGGAUUUCCAUUAUGAUACGAAUGUUUGAUUAUGCUUAAGCAGAACCAUUGGUCCUUUCUAAGUAAAAGUCUGCCAUGUUGAUAACGGGUCACUAAUGACUGCAAUAUUUAAAACGAUUCAAGACACUCAAGUCACAGAACUUCUUUUGUUUAUCAAAAGCUCCAACUGCCUCCUUAUUAGUUCAGAUUUCAUUGAACGUGUAACAUGUGUGAUUCAGAAAUUAGAAAUUGUAUCAGAAGUACAAAUCAUCUAGCCUGAGUGACUGCCUUCAUAUUUUCAGAUUUCACUGCCGAGAUAUCACACUGCAUUUAAAUCACAAAUCACCCAUGCAAGACAGUAUUAGAUGAUAUCACUUCUACAGAUGUACUCAUGUUAGUCUUCCAGUUUAUGUGUGGAGAUAGUUGGAUGCUUGCUUGUGUCUCUUGGAACCGCAACUGGACAUGAUUGAGUUAGAUUAGGAACAGGUCCGAUGUAUUAGGAACAGUCCGAUGUAUUAGGAACAGGUCCGAUGUAU